AUGAUCGUCCCCUCAAUCCGGCGCGCACGGAGCUCACAGUCGAGUCCCGUGGACGUCGUCCUCGCCCUGGAAAAGCUACUCCGCUCUCUCUUUCGUCGCGAGAGCGAGACCGUCGCGUGUAUGCGGAGGCGGUUGAGUGAGGUGGAUUUGGGGCCCGUGAGUUUGGUGGGGGUCGAGUUGGGGCGGGGAUUGCUGCGGGACACGGAUUGCUCUGUAGACGAGGGUGCGUGCGAGGGCGAGGAUGAGGACCAGGGGCAGGAGGAGGGGGGGCAUGGGGUGGCUUGGUGGGAUAGUCACAGGCUGGGACUGGAGCUGGGAUUGGAGUUGGGGGGGACGCCGCUUGAGCAGGGGAUCAUUGAGGGUGAGGGCCAAGCGGCGUGGUACGGAGGAGAUGUAAACUUUGCCAAUCAGACAAGGAUAUAA